AUGUCUUUCAAAUCAAUUGUGAUAACUUAUUUGAUAGGUGGGCUAACUCUACCGCCAUUGCUGGUAAUUGGUGUACUCUACCUUUUGAAAGAUGAUGAUGACUUGUCUGAAUUUUCGAACCUUGAAUACAAGAACCUCAAAAUGACUGAAAUUGAGGAUCUCCAAACUAGCGGUGUCAAAGCAUUCAAGGCUGGCUGGAUCACUGUCACCAGAGAAUACCACACUUUUGUUACUAAUUCUAAUGACAAACAGCUGGAGAACAAAGAGAAUGAACCAAAGUCAGCAUAUACGGCAUUAUACAGGUUGGUGAAGAAUAACAAGAAAUCAAAUCAAUCCAAUGAUACUGUUGACACAUCAGUGUCUUCCCCAGCAGGAUCAACAACAAAUGUUGAAAAAAAUAUGAAAAAGGCUGUUCGUCGGAAAAAUAGAUACUUUGGAGUCCUAAGGCACGGGAAUUUAUUUCUAUACAAGGAUGAGAAUCAACAAGAUGUACAACAUGUUAUAGUUUUAUCAAACAACAUUGUCACUUUAUGGCCAAGAGACCUGAGAGAUGGUGAGCUAUAUACUAAAAGAAGUGCAAUUUGUAUUUUGAAGAGAAAUCCAAGAAGAAAUUCAGAUUUACCUCCAAAAGAUUCAAGUGCAUCUUUGAACUAUAAUAAUGAUAUUGAGUCAACUCUAGAUAUUUUGAAGAGUGGUGUUAUUCCUCCAAAAAGCAUGGGAUUUUUCAUUUAUUGUGACACCAACUAUGAAAAAGAAGAUUGGUAUUUUGAGUUGAUCAAGGCCACUAAAAGAGAGAAUUUUCAACCAACAGGUACAGAUCUGGAUCUACUUGAGCCUUCAAUCUAUGCAAAUGCUUUACACUUUAAGACUGCGGAUAUGAUCAAUUUGAUUCAAACUUUACAUUCAUCAGAAGGUCAAUUGCAAACUCGUUGGUUAAACGCUUUGAUUGGAAGAUUGUUUUUAAGUGUUCAAUUCACAGAAUAUUUCGAAGAUAUUGUGAGAACCAAAUUGUUGAAAAAGUUGGCUAAAAUCAACAAACCUGGUUUCUUGGAUGAGGUUAAGGUAAAGAAGAUCGAUGUCGGUAAUUCCGCUCCUUUCAUCAGUUUUCCCAAAUUAAUUGAGUUGAACCCGGAUGGUACACUUAAACUAUCUAUGAAGUUUUCCUAUACAGGCAAAUUAUCAUUACAGGUUGCUACAAAAGUCAAUAUCAAUUUAGGCUCCCACUUCAAAACCAGGGAAGUCAGUAUUUUGCUAGCUGUCACGCUAAAUAAGCUUGAAGGUCCAUUGCUUGUUAAUGUCAAGUCUCCUCCAUCAACUAGAAUAUGGUAUACUUUUGAGUCCAUGCCAACAAUGGAUUUGAAAAUUGAGCCUGUGGUUUCUCAACGUCAAAUUACAUAUGGUAUGAUAACAAAAGUCAUUGAAAACAAGUUUAGAGAUGGUAUCAAAGAAUCUUUAGUACAACCGCAUUGGGAUGAUAUCACAUUUUUUGACACAUCGGAAGAGAUUUAUAGAGGUGGUAUUUGGGAUACUACCAAGAGACCGGACAAUGAUACCCAUAGUGUUUCAGAUCCUGAGGAGGAAGAGAUUUUAGGUGAAAAUGAAAUCGAUGGGAACUCUGAAUUUGGUGUUGAUGAUGGCGGUAUUGAAUCCCCUACAAGUACUGCUGGAAAUGACUUCAGUAAGUUACCUGAUGAUACAAGCUCAGUGAGAUCUAGAGGAACCUUGGGCUCCAACACCGUGAGAUCCAAAGCAUCAUUUACAAACAGCAUCACAAGUGCAAAAAAGACAAAUCCAACGAUUGGCACCUCAAAUGAACAGUUUUUGUCCAAUGGCUCCUUUGUAAUUGGUAGAAACAGCACAAUGCAACUGCUAUCUGAAGAAGCUUCAGCAUCUAAAAAAACAAUUUCAAAUUCAUUCAAAAAGAUUGGAAAGUGGUAUGAAAAAAAUCGCAAUAGUUCGUCAAAUGCAUUGAAAACUCCAGAAACCAAUGGCACCACUAAACAUUACACACCACCAGAGAUGAUUCAAUCUAGAAGG